AUGCACAUUGAAAAAAUAGCCAAGAAAAUCGCAUCGGGCAUUGGAGUAAUUAAACGUUGUAGGCCUUUUGUUAAUCGAACCACAUUGGAGUCCGUUUUCAAUGCCUUAGUUCAACCGUACUUUAAUUACUGCUGCGAGGUCUGGGGGCAUUGUAACAAAAGUCUUUCGAAUAAGCUCCAAAAGUUGCAAAACCGGGCUGCCCGUAUUCUAACCUUCUCCAGUUAUGACACAAGCGCUGAUCCUCUUCUUGAGCAACUCAACUGGAAACGGUUGGAUACUCAGCGACAAAUACAAGUGGCCACCAUGGUCUAUAAAUCUAUACAUGGUCUUGCGCCCGACUAUCUUGGUUCUCUUUUCACUAAAUAUAAUCCACCUUAUAAUUUAAGGAACUCUGAAAACAAACUAGCUGUUCCAUUGCCCCGCACCAAUUUCUUGAAAAAUAGCUUUAGCUAUAAUGGUGCGGUUAUCUGGAACAGCUUGUCCCCUGAAUUGCGGCAAGCAAAAUCACUUAAUUCUUUUCGAAAUGGUUGUCGCGAUUUCUUUGACUGA